AUGUCCACUCCAGCGAGCCCCGCGGAUGUGAAGCUGCCGCAGCGGUCUGGAACCGUGAGCAGCGGCUUCACUCGUCGUACUUCCAUGAGUGACGAUGAGGCCAUCCCCGACACUGAUAGUAGUGAGACCACCAAUCUCCUGCUUGAGCGUCUCAAGGCCUGGAAGCAUAUGUGCGGAUAUCUCGAGGAUUACCUCUCUGCUACCGCCAAAGUGCAAAAGUCCCAGUCAAAGGAGUAUGAGAAGAUCUUGAAGGCCGUGAAUGAUCCCCUCAAAGAGGGCCACCACUUCAGCUCCAGCGCAGGUGGUGUGGCUGGUCUGUUUGAGAACCUCCGCAACAACACCCAGGGCAUGGUUACCAUGUACAUGGAGGGCGAAAAGAACCUGAAGACCGCCAUCCUCCCCACCCUCGAGCGUCUCCACAAAGAAAUCAAGAACAAGUCCAAGGAGCUGAGCUCCGGAGCCGUCAAGGGCGCAAAGGCCGUCGAAAAGGCGCGCGGCCUAACCCAGAAGCACAUCGAGCUCCUAGGCCAGAACUCCGCCUCAUAUGACGCCGCCGCCUCCGGCAAGAUCGAGCAGCAACACGACCCCUAUCUCCUCAAGCGCGGCAUCAACCACCGUCUAAACAACCAAGUCAACGAGGAAAAUAACCACCGCCAGGAUAUCCUCGCCGUGCAGAACUCCUUCCAGCAGUUCGAAGCACACGUCCUACAGACCGUACAAGGCGCUAUGGAUCAAUUCCACCAGCACAUGGGCGGCCAACUCGAGCGCCAGCGAGCCAUGUACGCCGAUAUCCUCGGCACCGCCCAGCGCAUCCCACCAGACUUCGAAUGGAUCAACUUCUGCGUCCGCAACGACGCAGCCCUCGUCAACCCAGACUCGCCUCCACGCUCCUUCUCCAGCAUCACCUUCCCGAACAUGGACCACCGCUCCACCCAGCCGCUCAUCGAGGGCUCUCUGGAGCGUCGCUCGCGCGCCGUGAUCAAGGGCUACAGCUCGGGUUACUACGUGGUCACACCGGCACGCUAUCUGCACGAGUUCAAGGACAACGACGACUUCCGCCGUGACCCCGCCCCCGAACUCUCACUGUACCUGCCAGACUGCGUCGUCGGCGCCAUUGACGGCGUGAAGUUCAACGUGAAGGGCAAGGACGUGUCCAGCGGUAAAAUCGGUAACGCUUUCCACACAAACACCGAGCUCAGCUUCAAGGCCCACAACUCCAAUGACGCUGAGAAGUGGUGGUCCGUUAUCAAGGACGCUACUCGCGCCCCGGCGCUGACUGUUGCCGCCGCGGUGCCAACGCUCGCUUCUCCCACCGCGACCUCGCCUGCUGGCUCUGCGAGCCCCUCCCGCAGCGUGUCCGGCCAGAGCCAGCCGCCCACCUACGCUGAGAAAGAGAUGCAGAAAACCCAGGCUUCUCCGGCUACUGCUGCUACGCCUGUGGCUGCUUCCCCUGUUUCUGCUAGCCCUGCUCCUACUCCGGGUAUUAGCCGCACGGCUAGCACGGCUAGCCACUUCCACAUGUCGCCCGGUGGCACCGCUGUGGAGAAGUCGUAA